AUGGCGGCGAGGCGAUCCGCGCCGCCAUCACCGCCAGUUGGAGCGAUUGGCCAGCGCAGCCUUGACCGAUCGAGGCGUUCAGAAGCCAUCGGCCACGGUCCAUUUUGUCUGGCAUUCUUCAGCUUCCGUGCGGAAUCGGGCACUGUGCCCCCCAGCAUCCGCGCGACCGGCGCAGUCUGGUCAGCAGCCCAGUGCCGGAUCAUCUCAGAAAACAGAUGUCGCAGCUGCCUGAUCGCCCGCUUCAGAGUUGAGCGCGCCGUGACCGCCCCGGGCUUGUGGCAGUGGAAGACGCCGGUGCGACCCGCAUCGCGCCGGUGCAGCAACGCGGUCGUCCGCGCCACGCCUGCUUUCGAGCAGGGGCCAAGCCCCCCUGCGUCACCUUGUUCAUCAAGGGCACAUGGUCGUUUUCUCCGACAGCACGCCCACUCCAAGUGGCUGAUCCCGUCCGAGAAGCUGUUCGAUUAUAGGCGCAUCGACACCAUCGCGAGCGUCUCACCGGUGCGGCAGUCGAGCACCACCGCCAUCCCGGAAUUGGUGCCGAGCCGGCGCCCCGUCCUUGCCCAGCUUGAAGCCGGGGGUGACGAGCAGCUGGUCGGGGUUUCCUUUGAACUGCUCUGGCGGGUGGCGUACCGACAUAGCCGGUUAGAUGCGACCGCCGGUCCACAGCGGGAUAGAAGCGCGCAAAAAGCCGCGCGUCGGCUGCACGCCCGGCACCGGCAGUUGCACGCCAUCGCGGCGAAAUCGGUCCCCAGUCCAGCUGCCGUCGAAGCGACCUGCACCGGCUGGAAACCCGGCGGCAUGUUCGGAGGAUCUGGCGGAGCAGGGCCGAGCACUGGUCCUUGUCCUCCAGCCGGUCGGGAUGAUGUCGACGCGGAAAUCGGUGCGAUUGUUGGCGAUGGAAGCCUGCCGAUCGAGAUCAGCCAGCCGCGACGCGGCGAUCAUCGUCGUGUUGACCUGCUGCUUUCGGUGUUAGAGAUUGUACUUUCGUUCUGCGCGAUCGAUAAAGCCACAGUGCCAUGCGGCCGGCCAGCAUCAGGCCGACGGCUCCUGCGCCGCGCCAGCACGAAGGCGCGCCGUGAGAAGCUAUAG